AACUACACCGACUCUCUGUAUCUCACAGACGCCCGCCGACGUUCUUUGAUCUCUCUCAGCUGAACCUCAACAAUCUCUCCGGUCCCUCUGGCUCCGAGCUCUCUCUCUCUUUCUAUACAUUUAUAUAUGUAUGUAUAUGUGCGAGUUACGUACAUUCUUGCAAUUCAGGGUUUUAGAGGGAUUGGGCGGCUCCACCUAGGGUUUGAGUCCGUUCUUUGAGAGAAUUAAAAGAUUUGGGGUCGUAAUUUGUGAUUUCUCUUUCCUAGGGUCUCUGACUCUUGGAGUGUAAGAACUGGGAUUCGGGUUUCAAUUUUUUGUCCCAGCUAGGGUUUGUUACAAGAGCUCGUCCAUUAAUUUUUUUUUUUUCUCUAUAAAGUGAUUCCUAAAUCUGCAAUUCAUUUUUAGGGUUUUGAUUUUAUUUUUAUCUCCGAGAAUUCUAUCUCUGUUCAUCCGUAAAGUCCAGGAAUCAGAGAUUGGAAGCUCUCUGUACUAGAGUUUGACUUGCUCUGUCGAUUUUGAAUUACAAUAAUUCGAAAUCCAUAGCGUUCUAUUCUAGGGUUUUGAUCAGUUUCUGAAGUGUUCAUUAGAAAUUAUAAUAAUUGGAACUCCAGUGCUUCUGUUCUUGGGUUUUCAUCAGUUUCUACAACUAAACUAAGAGAACCGAGAGUCAGGAACUGAAUUCCCAAUCUCUUCCAGGGUUUAUUCGGAUUGAAAAUCCGCCAUGGCCUCGUACAGGCCCUUUCCUCCGCAAACUUCAUUCGCGCCCGCCCCGAUUCAGAACCCCCUUCCACCACCACAACCACAACCUCCGCCGCCGCUACAUCCACCUCACCAGCGAGCUCAGUACAAUCAGAAUUGGGGUGGAUAUGGUGGUGGUGGUGGUGGUGGUGGUGGUGCUGAUGGGUCUAUAUCCUCGGUUCCUCCUCCACCAUCUUCUUCAUAUCCCCAAAACUACAACACCAGCCAAAUGCACCCGAAUUCGAAUUACCACCACCAACAUUACGUUCCGCCGAGGGGUCAACAACCUCCACCACCUCCUCCUCACCAGCAGUAUCCGUAUCCGCCACCACCGCCCCCUCCGGAGUCAUCUUACCCACCACCACCACCACCACCCGCUCCUUCUAUGGCACAAAACUCGAUGAAUGUGCAGCCCCCACAAGCUCCUAUUUAUUAUCCGUCUAAUCAGUACAGUCAGUAUAGUCAUCCGCCAAUACAGCCAAUGCGACCACCGCCUCCACCACCACCUCCAUCUUCACCCCCAAGUUCAUCAAUUCCACCACCACCACCCCCAAGUUCACCACCGCCUCCUCCAUCGGCUCCUCUGCAGAACAAGGUGGGUGGAGUAGAUAGGGGGUCUCAUGAGCGUGAUAAAGGGUCUUCCAAGGAGCUAACGGCUUCUGGAAGGCAUGGGCUUUUAAACCUUGUUGUUCCUGCUAAACAGCAGCAGAAGCCCCCGGUGCCUCCUGUGCCAGUGAAGAAAUCUAAUGGGCCACCUGGGAGGGUGGAAACGGACGAAGAGAGGAGGUUGAGGAAGAAGAGGGAGUUUGAAAAGCAAAAACAGGAAGAGAAACAAAGGCAGCAGUUGAAGGAGUCCCAGAACACGGUUCUACAAAAGACUCAGAUGUUGUCUUCUGCAAAGGUGCAUGGGUCGAUUGUGGGGUCACGGAUGGGGGAUAGGAGAGCUACUCCAUUGUUGAGUGGUGAGAGGGUUGAGAAUAGAUUGAAGAAGCCAACAACAUUCUUGUGCAAGUUGAAAUUCCGCAACGAGCUCCCAGAUCCUAGUGCACAACCAAAGCUCAUGGCUAUGAAGAAUGAGAAAGAUCAAUAUACAAAAUACACGAUCACAUCUUUGGAGAAAACUUACAAGCCCAAACUUUUUGUCGAGCCAGAUCUGGGGAUACCUCUUGACCUUCUUGACCUCAGUGUAUACAAUCCUCCUAGUGCUAGACCACCCCUUGCUCCAGAAGACGAGGAAUUGUUGCAUGAUGAUGUAGCAGUGACCCCUGUAAAGAAUAAUGGCAUUAGACGAAAAGAAAGGCCUACUGAUAAAGGUGUUGCCUGGCUGGUGAAAACACAGUAUAUAUCUCCUCUUAGCAUGGAAUCAACAAAGCAGUCUUUAACUGAGAAACAAACAAAAGACCUGAGAGAAAUGAAGGGAGGCCGUAACAUUUUGGAGAACCUUAACAAUAGGGAAAGACAAAUCAAGGAAAUAGAAUCCUCAUUUGUGGCAUGCAAGUCGCACCCUGUUCAUGCAACUAACAAAGAUUUAUAUCCUUUAGAGGUUCUGCCUUUGUUGCCUGAUUUUGAUCGGUAUGACGACCAAUUUGUUGUUGCGGCCUUUGAUAGUGCUCCUACAGCUGAUGCAGAAGUCCAUGGCAAGCUGGAUCAAACUGUUCGUGAUGCCUAUGAAUCACAGGCCAUUAUGAAAAGUUAUGUGGCAACGGGCUCUGAUACGGACAAAUCGUUUUUGGCAUACAUGGUCCCUUCUCCGGAUGAGCUAUCCAAAAAUAUUUAUGAUGAACGUGAAGACAUCUCAUACUCUUGGGUUCGCGAGUACCAUUAUGAUUUUCGUCUGGAUGAUGUGGAUGACCCCACAACAUACCUUGUUUCAUUUGAUGAAGCAGAAGCACGCUAUGUGCCUCUUCCAACAAAAUUAGUUUUAAGAAAAAAGAGGGCCAAAGAAGGAAGAUCUAGUGAUGAGGUCGAAUAUUUUCCUGUACCUUCCAGAGUUACUGUAAGGCGGAGAUCAGCUGUUGCUGCAGUCGAACUGAGGGAUUCAGAGGUUUAUUCAAAUUCGAAGGGGAGUUUUUCAAAUUCUAAGAGGGGAGGGUUAGACAUUGAAGAUGGCCUUGGAAGACCACAGAAGGUUGCCCGGCAUCAGGACAUUGAUCAAUCUAGUGGAGCUGAAGAUGAAAUGUCUGAUUGAUUUAUUCUAAUCCAAAUUCUGCUGCGUUGAAGUAAAAAGUUCCCAAUUUUUUGAAGCAGGUAGACCUGGUGGUGGACUGGUGUUUUACUGUGCUGAUGCCGCAAAGAUGUGAGGUAAAGUAGUAAUAUAUCUAAAUGUAUGUUCAUUCCAGCUUCCAAUUAUAUGUAUAAACAUAUUUUCAGAUUGUAGCUGGUUCUGGUUGAUAUAAGCCUUUUUUUCCUUUUAAUACCAUGGAACAAAAAAGGUGAAAAUAGGUCCUGUAAAAGGAAACCAGGCAUAAUAGAAUUUUGUUGAGUUCUCUGCGGUGUUCAUUCAAAUCAUUUUAAAAGGUGCUUGGUAUGGCAAUUCAAGCCUUUAUAGUUUAUUAUACUAGUGUUUUCAUAUUUGAACUAAGAUUUUUUGGACUCAUUACUUAAAACUAAUGUUCUUGAUAAAUAAAUGAGUUGCCCCUCCUCUCUUUCCUCUGAUUGGAAAUUGCUAAUACUUCCGUAUUCUAGCCGCCAGUAGUUGACAUACAUACAUACAUACAUUCUAUGAUGCAAAAACAUAUUUUGUGACAAACCUAUUUCUCUCUCUUCAAGACAAUUAUGUAAUCAAAAGCAAAAUCUUGCGCUUUUCAGGCAAUGCACUCACUCGAGGCAUCUAAAGUCUUUUAUACUCCUUUGUUUUUAAAAAAAAAAAAAAGAUUGCUUAAUUCAGAGAUCGAUAUACAAAACAAAGUGUAGUUAUGACGGUGUAUUGCUAAAAGAUUCUCACAUCAACCAUUGUUUGUGCCAUAAUAAUGCCAAUGAAGUCAAGUCUUUCUUUUUUUUCUUCGUUUCAAACCUUGCAAUUCGGAUAAUGCUUUAUGGGCGGACGGGCUGGGCUCCCGUAGUCGCAUCCAACACAGCCCACUACUAUAUCCUAGCCUAUUAAAAGCAGAACCACCCUCCCAUUAAUGAACCUGGACGCAAUAUCGCACUCACUUCCUUCCCCGUCCCCCCAAUCAACUUCCACGGUCUCUCUCGUCCUCUGGGCUACUGACCAGAGCAACCAAGGGGGUGAAACCAUGUCGGAGACCUUCUUGGAAACCCUAAUCCCGCAUCAAAAGUUUUACAACGGAGUUCAAUUCCCUUCAGUUGUCUCUCCGAACCCCAGAAAUCCCUUCCCUCUCCCUCUUUUGACCCAAGCCGUCAGAAACGAGAAACCGCUACUCGACUCUUUGCUCCGCAACUCCGGCGCUUUACUCUUCAGGGGAUUCCCGGUGAAAACAGCCUCAGACUUCAACGAAUUCGUUGAGGCCUUUGGCUUCGAGGAGCUUCCCUACGUUGGGGGAGCCGCCCCUCGUACCAACGUCGUGGGUCGGGUUUUCACGGCUAAUGAGUCCCCUCCGGACCAGAAGAUUCCUUUUCACCACGAAAUGGCUCAGGUUCCGGAAUUCCCCUCCAAAUUAUUUUUCUUCUGUGAAGUAGAGCCUGGAAGUGGUGGAGAAACUCCUAUAGUACUUAGCCACAUUGUCUACGAAAGAAUGAAAGAGAAAUACCCAGAAUUCGUUGAACGACUGGAAGAGCAUGGCUUGUUGUACACGCGGGUAUUGGGCGAAGACGAUGACCCUUCAUCUCCAAUCGGACGUGGGUGGAAAUCUACUUUCUUGACCGAAGACAAGAGUGUGGCUGAGCAAAGGGCUGCUAAGUUGGGAAUGACGAUGGAAUGGCUAGAGGAUGCAGUGAAGACAAUAAUGGGUCCAAUUCCAGCUAUCAAAUAUGACAAGACAAGACAGCGCAAGAUUUGGUUUAACAGCAUGGUUGCCGCUUAUACAGGCUGGGAGGACGCAAGGAAUGAUCCUGUGAAAGCUGUUACCUUUGGGGAUGGCAAGCCUUUGCCUGCUGAUAUCAUCUACGACUGUCUUAACAUCCUUGAAGAGGAAUCUGUAGUCUUUCCUUGGCGGAGAGGUGAUGUUCUUUUGCUUGACAAUUUGGCUGUUCUUCACUCUCGAAGAUCAUUCAAUCCACCUCGCCGUAUACUAGCUUCACUUUGCAAGUAGGUUUUUUGGUUGGUAUGAAACUAUAUGCUCCUUUUGGGCCAUGUAAUGAAGAAGUGUAUAAAUAAAAGGGUUACGAUCGCA